AUGAAGGGAAUUACUCUUCUUUCGCUUUUUGGUGCUGCACUCGCUCAUCCGGCGGGCUUGUGGUGGGGCACUGAUGUCUGCUACACCAGUCCAGACAAUACCGAGAAUCAGUGCUCGGAUGCUCAGCAGAAAGGCUUCGACUUGUCUGAGCUGGGGAACGGGGACAAUUGGAGCCUGGAAGGCUUCCACUUCCACGGCCUCGAGCCUAAGAAUGGCUGUCAAGGAUCUAGUUACGGAGGCACUUGUCUUGGAGGAAAGCUUUCUAGUGAUGAUGACUGGACAAUCAAAAUUUCCGCCACUGACGCUCCAUUCUCAAUCCGCAACUUCCAUCUUUCAACUUCUCGGAGCACCGAUGUCUUCAUCAUCUACGAGAUGCCUGAUGGCUCUUCCUGUCAUCAUGUUGCUUCCAGCUCGUACCGGGGAACUGACGUUGGCAACGACCAGUGUGGUGGUGCUGUCUCAGUCGAGUUCACGCUUCCCGAAGAGAGCAAGUUCGGCGAUUGUGAUCUAGAGAUCCAUUCGAUUGACUUUGACUGCUCUUCUGGAACCAAGCCGCCAGCUCCCCCCGUCCUAGACCCCUCGUACUCUGACCCUGAGCCUACCCCGAGCUCAACUGUUUCCCUGCCUCCGUUCUAUUUGCCUUCUACUACGUUGGAGGUAACCCCGAUUAGCUACCCUUCCCAGAAGCUGACGACUUCCACAAUCUGGACCACCGAGGAGUUCACUGUCACUAAAUGCCCACCAACCGUCACUAACUGCCCUGGCCAUUCAACUGUUUUGAUUACUUCUACAUAUCCCGUGUCAACCACAGUCUGCCCGUCUACCCCUGUGGACCCUGAAACUAGCACGACAUCGCCCUGGGUUGUGCACUCGGAUCCCCCAAGCUGGACAACUUCCGUACCCCACUUCCGUUCGGAUCCUCCGAGCUCGACUACUUCCGUACCUCACUUCCACUGGACCUCGUCUGCUACCCAGGAGGUUCCUUCAAUUAGCCACUCUUCCCAGAAGUUGACGACUUCCACAAUCUGGACUACCGAGGAGAUCACCGUCACCAAAUGUGCACCAACCGUCACUAACUGCCCUGCUCAUUCGACUGUUUUGGUUACCUCUACAUACCCGUGGUCAACCACAGUCUGCCCUUCCAAGCCCGCGGAAACGGAUCCUAGCACAACAUCUCCUCAUGUUCACACGCAUCCCACGCUCACGAGCUCCAUCAGCACCACGACUACUACCGACCCUAGCCCGCCCGCCGUUACCGCCCCUUGCCCGAAUGUGGUACCCAAGUGUCUCAACACAUGGCUCUCCAUUCCUAAGUGCGACUCCAACAGCGACGCUGCAUGCUUCUGCCCAUCUACCGAAUUCACAGACAAAGUUAGCGGGUGCAUUCGGGCCUGGAGCAGCUCCAAGAAGGAGGAAGAUUCCGCCCUUGCUUUCUUCGCUGGCAUUUGCGCCCCCUUCGUUCCGGAGAACCCUGCUAUUGUAGACAUCGCUACAACCUGCACUUCCUCGGACCCUGUUACUUCGACCACUCAUGUCCCCCAUAUCACUAGCAACACACGUGUCUUCGUUUCGACAGUUAGUGUAGCCACAUCUGUCCCCACGGCUCCUUGUACCACUAUCAGCUGGGCCUCGCACACGGCAACUGUUCCCCUGGUUGAGUUCAGCACAGUCACUUGCUCCACUACCACCUCCGUGAAUCUGGUGGUUGUUACUCCAACCAGCCCUCCUUCUAAGACCAGCCACCAUUCGCACGUGUCUUCCUCGACACUGACCACCAGCUGCAAAACUCACACCACCUCUGUUCCUACUCCAACUGUCCCUAAGCCCACAGUAUCCAAGCCAACUGAAACUGUUGUUCAUGCCAAUGUUGGGUCGAAGCUCCCCUUGUGCAGCUUCUGGGCUUUUGGAAUUGCCCUUUUGGCGCUUCUCUUUUAA